AUGUCUGCUAUGGUACGGCCGUUAGUAAAUCGGCCGGUUGGAUUCCCACGGGGUGGUUUGAAAUUGAUGCCAUUAGGAGGAGUAUUGACUAUAGACAACGUUUGCAAGAAACUUGAAGCAUCAAACCCGUCUGUCUGUUCUCACGGGUGGAAGAGUAUCUUACAUGGUAGAGACCUAUUGAUAGGAAACUUUGGAAAAGCUUUAGGAAACGGAUGUACUACAAGGAUAUGGAAAGACUCCUGGAUCUCCCUAGAUCAACAGUUCAAACGUUAUGGCCCUAUACCCGAAGCGGCACUAGACUUAACUGUCUCAGAUCUUCUAACUACUGAUAUGAAUUGGAACAAAAACAGGAAUGAAGAGCUCUUACCUAAUCUCUCGACACAAAUCCAAUGCUUACGUCCAGGCCAUCCAGAAACAGAAGAUAUCUUCAUCUGGCAGCCGCUUCCAUCGAGUGUAUACUCAGCAAGAUCGGGCUACUGCGCUGCAGUAUCACAAAAACAGACAUCAUGCUCAACACAAACCUUUGACUGGAUACGAGAUGUGUGGAAACAAGAAUGCUCACCACAAAUGAAAGUCUUUCUAUGGUCGAUCAUCCAGAAAGCACUUCCACUAGGCGAAAAUCUACAGAGCAAAGGAGUAAGGUCAGAGGCAGUGUGCAUCAAAUGUAAGGAACAAGAAACGGCGAUUCAUACCUUCUUUAUAUGCCCAUUCGCACGUGAAGUCUGGGAUAAAGUCCCUUUGAAAAAUGUAGUUCACAUAGCUACAGGAGAUAACAUUAAAGAGGUAAUAGCCGCAUUCAGAACCGCUUGCUGCCUCCCACCGACAGGUAUAUCCAGAACGAUUCUUCCCUGGAUUGUUUGGUCACUAUGGACAGCAAGGAAUCUACAUAUCUUCGAGAACAAAGUCUUAUCAGCAGAGGAAGUGGCAACGAAUGGUCUAAGCCUAGCUAGAGAGUGGAUCAACGCACAAGGAACGGUACAACGAGUCAGAGAAGAAAUACCUAGAUCAAUCAAGAGUAAAACUCCUCAGGCGAAUCCACUCCUUGUCAGCACAUGCAGAUCUGACGCUGCUUGGGAUAAAUCAUCAAAAAGGGCGGGACUUGCUUGGAGCAUAACAGGAGGAACACUGAGAAUCGACAGACAGGGAAGCCUCACUGAGAAUCAUGUCUCUUCUCCGAUCGUCGCAGAAGCCCUAGCUCUCCGAUCGGGUCUCAUCACCGCGGUAGAACUUGAAAUCCCACGGAUCAGAAUUUUCUCUGACAACUCAACGCUCAUCCGAGCCAUCAACUUCGACAUGCAGACCAAGGAAAUCUUCGGAAUCAUCCGUGAUAUCCAUCGAAUCUCCUCUGCGUUCAUCGAAAUUUCUUUUCAUCAUCUAUCUCUUGAUCUGAUCAAAGAUGUCGAUCAGAUUGCCAAAAGGACCCUACGCGGCCCAAAUGUUUAA